UAUUUCUACAGAUAGAGUAGGGCUGUCGCUCACAGUGUGACCUUCUAGUAGCGGUGUUCUCGGUCCUCUUUGGGUAGCCUACUAGAUGGUGUUUAACUGAUAUUCCUGGUCCCUGGCUGUAACUCUGCUCCACCAGCUCGUACAGCCAGGCACCCAUCGUCCCCAUCGUCGUCUGCAGCGACGUCCAUCUGGCCGACCAGACGACGGGACACCAGGGGGUCGGCGGUGCUCGACCAUGGCUGCGGUCCUCAGGAGAGGCUCUGUGCUCCGAUUGAGGCUCCCCGCCCCGGUCUGGUUGCCGCUGAGGAGCGGCGGGAGGGCGAUCUGCAGCAGCGCGCCCCGCCACGGGGAUAGCGAGUGCUUCACGCCGACCUUGAGCGCUCGGCUCGCGGGGCUCUCCUACCCGGAGCUGCAGCAGAUGUCCCGGGAAGACCCGGACACUUUCUGGGGCUCCAUCGCACAGGAAAGGCUGAGCUGGACGAAGCCCUUCGAACGUGUCCAGGACUGCGACCUCGACAAGGGUCAGGUGCGAUGGUUCCUGGGAGGACGGCUCAACGUGUCCGUGAACUGCCUGGACGUGCACGCGCAGACUCAUCCAGAGCGAGUCGCUCUGAUCUGGGAGCGAGAUGAACCUGGAACCGAGGUGAAGGUGACCUAUAGGGAGCUGCUUGAAUCCACCUGCCGAUUGGCCAACGCGCUGAGGAGCCACGGGGUCCUGAAGGGCGACCGGGUGGCCAUCUACAUGCCCGUGUCCCCACUGGCGGUGGCGGCCAUGUUGGCGUGCGCCCGCAUCGGGGCGGUCCACACCGUGGUAUUCGCCGGCUUCAGCUCCGAGGCGCUGGCGGGCCGCAUCCAGGACGCCCAGUGUAAGGUGGUGGUGACCUGUAACCAGGCGGUCCGUGGGGGGCGGGCCAUCGACCUCAAGACCACGGUGGACGCGGCCGUCAGGACUUGUCCGUCGGUCAAGCACGUCUUUGUGGCCCAGCGCACCAGUAGCCCCGCCCCGAAGGGGGACCUGGACGUCCCAUUGGAGGAGGCGAUGGGCCGUGAGUCGGCGGACUGCCCCCCCGAGCCGAUGGACAGCGAGGACCCCCUCUUCAUGCUCUACACGUCGGGCAGCACGGGGAAGCCCAAGGGCAUCGUGCACACGCAGGCCGGCUACCUGCUGUACGCCGCGCUCACACACCAGUGUGUGUUUGGGUACCGUCCUGGCGAUGUGUUCGGCUGCAUGGCGGACAUCGGCUGGAUCACGGGCCACUCCUACGUGGUGUACGGCCCGCUCUGCAACGGGGCCACCAGCGUGCUGUUCGAGAGCACGCCCACCUACCCCGACCCGGGCCGGUACUGGGAGAUGGUGGAGCGACUGGGGAUAAACCAGUUCUACGGCGCCCCCACCGCGCUGCGCCUCCUGCUGAAGUACGACGAGAGCUGGGUGACCCGCUACGACCGGUCCUCACUGCGCACACUGGGAUCAGUGGGCGAGCCGAUAAACCACGAGGCGUGGGAGUGGUUCCACCGCGUGGUGGGGGACGGCCGCUGCCCCCUGGUGGACACCUGGUGGCAGACAGAGACAGGAGGGGUGUGUAUCGCCCCCCAUCCCGCGGAGGACGGAGCCCCUAUCGUCCCGGCAAUGGCCAUGAGGCCGUUCUACGGAGUGGAGCCCGUCUUGCUAGGAGAUAAGGGGGAGUGUCUUCAGGGCCCUGGGGUCCGAGGUGCUCUGUGUAUAAAGAAGGCGUGGCCCGGCCUCGCCCGCACCAUCUACGGAGACCACCAGAGAUACCUGGACGCCUACUUCAAACCCUACCCCGGUCACUACUUCACGGGGGACGGGGCGUGGCGCUCUGAGGACGGCUUCUACCAGAUCACCGGCCGCACCGACGACGUCAUCAACAUCAGCGGACACCGGCUGGGCACGGCGGAGAUAGAGGACGCCCUGGACGAGCACCCAGCUGUUCCAGAGGCGGCGGUCAUCGGCGUGCCACACAUCAUCAAAGGAGAAGUGCCGUUCGCCUUCCUGGUUCUGAAGGACGGGGAACAGACACAGGAAGUCAUCCUGAAGGAACUCAGACUCCUGGUGGCCACAAAGAUCGCCAAGUACGCCAUCCCCGACCACUUCCUGGUGGUGAAGCGGCUCCCUAAGACGCGCUCGGGGAAGAUCAUGCGGCGCAUCCUGCGGACGGUGGCGGUGGGCGGGGCCACGGAGCCGGGGGGCGGGGCCACAGAGCCGGGGGGCCAGGCCGGGGCGCUGGGGGACACGUCCACGCUGGACGACCCCUCCGUUGUCACGGAGAUCAUUGCCGCCCACGCCCGCUACAUGGAGGAACAGAAGAAGAAGAAGAAGAGCUCCUGAGCAGGGCGAGAGAGAGAGAGAGAGAGAGAGAGAGAGAGAGAGAGAGAGAGAGCCGUAGCCGGUUGGUUCGCUCUCUGCUCUCUGCUCUGCAGACAUGGACUGAAUCAAGUUAUGAAUGAGUGAUUGAUUAUAGAAUUUUAAUAUUUUUCCGAGGGCUGGAAGGAUUUAUUUUGUUUAGCAGCGUGACCCAGCGACCUCGAUGUGUCUCACAGGCCGCUGGUCCUCUGAUGACGUCACACAUUCCACUGAUGAGCAGCUAUGAUGUCAAAGUCAUCACAAACAUAACCUCUAUCACAACACACCAAAGUUGACCACGCAAACGCACACACGCAGUCAAACAUGAACACACCCACACAAACAUGAACUCACGCACCCACACAUGACCACACACACACAAAUAUGAACACACUCAUGCACACAUGAACCCACAAAGACAUACAUGAACACACACACGCACACUUACACAUAUACACUCACACUCCGAUGUGCCUUUAUGACAUGUUUUAUCACAUGUUUUAUGAAAUAUUUCUACCGCAUAAUGAUGGUUGAUUGGUCCAGUUGGCUUUAAAUGCAAUUAUUUAUAAUUAUAGAACAGUAACAUUUCCUAUCACAAACACAUUUCUGAUUCUACAUUAAUAAUCUAAAUAAAUGAUAUUCA